GAACGGCGAGCUGCAUCAAUAUUGUGGAAGUACCUCAUGGCCAUUUAUUAGAUGGUUGUCGAGGCAUGACCAGCAGGGUACCUCCUGGUCAAGAGCCUGUUGCGGCACGUGACAUACUGUGUCCUGCCAUCGCGAGGUGAGCCUCUGAACUUGAGAGACUCAAUAAAUCGUCCGUCUAUUCAAGUCACUGCAUUUAUGUGUGAGACAACGAAUCGCUGAGGGGACUAUGUGACCUUUUUGUCUUUGCGCAAACACAUUGAGCGCAAACACUUUGCACUGAAUCCAAGAAACCGUACGCGCAGCGUUGAGCGCAGACGUACGUACCCUGUCCGGCACCGACUUGUGGCCAUCCUCACGCGCUCUUGAAGCAUCGCCCAUCAACAUUCCUACCAUGGCGCAACAAGGGAAUGGUACUCAGAAUGGAGCGCCUAGCGGUGUUUCCGAGUCUUGGGAAGAACCUCGUUUGUUGGAAGGCAUGCAGCAGCUCAACAUCCUUCAUGCCAAGGUCCGUAAUAUGAGGGAGACAAUUCCAAAGAUGCUGGAGCCACUGAUGCAUCAAUACUCAACACCGGAGGCCGCCUACCAAGCAUUCAUCAAGGCGGUCCAAGAUGCCCAGGCCGAUCUUUCUGACUUUACUGAGCUCAUGCGUCAUGAGGACAGCAAGGCCGUGCUGGCCAAGGCGAAAGAAAGCCGGGAGCAAGAUCCUGAAGGCAUCAAGCAAUGGGACUAUACUGAACAUCCAGAUUGGUUCGACGGCAAGAAGACAUGAAGACAAGGGCACUUGAAGGUUUAAUCGGACGGCACGGAAGGGCGCAACUGGUUAUGGAGAUUGGUUUCACGCAUUUAUUUGCAUGCGAUAGCACAGAUACCCAACACUUGGUUCGUUUCGCAUCUACCGGUUCUUUGACUCUGCAUAGCUGCUCCGCUUAGUGAACAUGAUCCAGUAGCAUAGCGCAACAUGCAAUGCUCGUCUCGUCUCUUGAAGAUGACAGCCGGGGUAAGAAGUUACUGAAUAUGUGAUUGUGUUGACAGAACAUUGGACAUGAGGCUGCGCGCUGAGAACUGCCCCGCCACCUUCACCGAGCUCUGACCGAGAUCAGGGUCGGUCGUGUCACGUGCAGGACAGGUCGGCCCCUCCCAC